AGCCGUGAGAUGACCCUGUCUGGGGGCAGCGAAAGAGCCAGCGACAUGUCCGGCCAAACUGUGCUCACAGCAGAGGACGUGGAUAUCGACGUGGUGGGCGAAGGAGACGAUGAGUGCAUGGAGAGGGUGGACAGCGACUGCGACAGCCCGGGGGGAGGCAUCCUGCACGACCUCCGGGGAGAAGCAGGCGACGAGGAGGUGGAAGACGAGAUCGAGGUGGAGAAGGAGGAGAUGAGGUCCGGUGGAGGGAGUCCGUGCUGCGAGAGCUCCGGAGAGGGAGAGACUGGCACUGGAAAGGGAGAGGGUCACGACCAGAGCGCAGCGGCGGGAGGCAUCCAGAAGCCCAAAAGUAGCCUGGUAAAGCCGCCGUACUCAUACAUCGCCCUCAUCACCAUGGCUAUCCUCCAGAGCCCGCAGAAAAAGCUCACUCUCAGCGGGAUCUGUGAGUUCAUCAGCAAUCGCUUCCCGUAUUACCGGGAGAAGUUCCCGGCGUGGCAAAACUCCAUCCGCCACAACUUGUCCCUCAAUGACUGCUUUGUGAAAAUCCCCCGGGAACCUGGCAACCCCGGCAAGGGCAACUACUGGACCCUGGACCCGGCUUCAGAGGACAUGUUUGACAACGGCAGCUUCCUCAGGAGGAGGAAAAGGUUCAAACGGGUCCAACCGGACAUGCUCAGGGACCAGACUGCUCUCAUGAUGCAAAGUUUCGGGGCGUACAGUCUUGGGGGCCCCUAUGGGCGGCACUACGGGAUCCACCCUGCGUAUACCCAUCCGGCGGCUUUGCAGUACCCGUACAUCCCCCCUGUAGGUCCCAUGCUACCCCCGGGGGUCCCUCUCCUGCCCUCCGCGGAGCUUAGCAGGAAAGCCUUCAACUCUCAGCUCAGCCCGAGCCUUCAGCUGCAGCUCAACAGUCUGAGCACGGCGUCCAUGAUCAAAUCAGAGCCGUCCAACAGACCGUCGUUCAGUAUAGAGAACAUCAUCGGGGUCUCCAGCGCCUCUUCGUCCUCACCAGGAGCCGCUCAGGCUUUCCUGCGGCCUCCAGUGACUGUUCAGUCGGCCCUGUUGAGCGCUCAGUCCCUCUCUCUGACCCGGACCUCAGCCGCUAUUGCUCCCAUCCUCAGUGUACCUUCAAAUAUUAUUUCUGGACACGUUUUACCCUCAGCGGCGGCAGUGUCCAAAUGGCCUUCACAAUGACUUAAACCAAGCAAAAAACAAACAAACUUAUUUUUAUAUAGAGACAUUAUUACUGGGGGAAGUGUGAACAGCACAAAUCAAUAGGCAGCACUGGACUCAUGUAAAGACUGUUGAAACACAGAGAAAAAAAAGAAAAAGGAGAUA